UGGAACAUGUGGUACUCGAAGGACAAGGGAAAAAACUUGUUGGUGAAUAUUCGGCCGACUACAAAACAAGGACGUUCCUCAAAUCUGUCCCCAACAUGAUGUCGAAAAUUUCUCUAAUCCACGACGCAGUCAACAGCGACAGACUGGAGGAGCUGAAGAACUUGCUGGACGAGGAGGGCAACAAAAAGAAGAAGUACGUGAUGGCAAAAGACGAAAGCGGCAUUGGCUUGUUACACAAGGCCGUCUAUUACGACCUCAAGGAGAUAUAUCAGUACCUCAUCCGCAACUUCCCCCAAAUGGUCUCCAUGAAAGAUUCCGAGGGACGAACCGCCUACCACUACACCCCGAUGUGCAAGGACCACGCGACCGUUCAAAAGUUACUGGUGAACGCAGGUGCCGACCCGAAUUGUUUGGACUACAAGCAGCAUUCGGCCAAGUACUACGCGAACCACCUUCAAGAACUGGAGCUGCCCAACGCCCAAAAGUCGCUACCGGUUUCCAGGAAAAGUACUGCCAAUUCGGAAAGUCUUAACUUCAAAAAGUCCAACAUCCGGAUUUGGAUCCACCAACGCAACCUGACCAAUUUGCAGCAGGUCGUUUGGGAGGGUCACGGUUCCAAACUGUUGGUCGAACACAGCAACAAUCCCAAGAUCAAGAAGUUUCUGGAAGCGGUUCCGCACAUCAUGGGUUUGAUCAAAGAAAUCCAUAAUGAUGUGGUGAACGGCGACUUGGAGGGUUUGAAGAACAGAGUCUCGCCGCCGAUUCCCGCAAUGGUGCUGGGCGGUAAAGACCAGAACGGACUCACCCCGCUUCACAAGGCUGCUGGUUUAGGAAAUCAAGAAAUCGCCCAGUUCAUCAUCCAAGAAUAUCCAAACAGUAUCAAUAUCCAGGACAACGAAGGUCGAACACCUUUACACUACGCAGCUCUUUUAAAGGACGACGGUGAAAUGACCAAAUUUUUAAUCGACAAUGGAGCAGAUGAAUCUGCCUUAGACCACAGGCAGAAAACUGCAGCUUACUACAAAACCCGAACCUCAGAGCUCGACUCGAAGCUUCUACAUGUAAUUCCAGAGUGUCCUAGAUCUGCUAAAGACUCCUUCGCUGCUAACUUCGACUGGAGUAUGUUGACUACAAGUCUGCCAAUCGGCGAGGCAGUAAAAAAAGUGGAGAAAUUAUUUGGAAAUGCCACCGAAGAAAACCACCAGCCAGAAGAGCUCCAGUCACCUGAAAAUGGCAACGAACCUGAGAAGACUAAUGGCGAGACCGAGCCUGAACAUGCUGAAAGUAAUGGAGUUGAAGAAGAAGCUAAGAAGGAACCGACUGAAGAGAACAAACCGGAAGAACAUGAUGACAAUGGUAAUCCUGAAACGGAAGGGACUGUAGAAGAACCGGAAGACAAAGGGGACGCCAACAACAACGAAGAAGCAGCCACUGAAGAACCUAAACCGGAAGAGGAGAAGCCCGAAGAAAACAAGGAGGAAUCUCAGGAACCACCACCGGAGCCAGAACCGGAAACGAAAGAGCCGGAAGAGGAGCAACAGCCCGACGAUGACCCCAAGGAAGAGGAGAAGGAGGAAAACAAUGAGAAGGAGGAAAAGGAGGAGAAGGAGGAGAAAGCUGAUGAACCACUAGAAGAAGGUAGCAGAACUAGACCGAGUAGCAAAGCCGCCAGUAGACCGGCCAGUCGGGCUGCCAGUAGAACUAGUAAUAAGAGUAGACCACCCAGCAGUAAAACCCUGGAGGGGGACGAACAUGCUGAAGGGGUUAUCGAAGGGGUUGUUAAUGGAGAGAACGAAAUUGAGAGUUUAAACGAAGAGGGACAGGGUCAACACCACGACGAUCGACCAGAUGACGAUGAGAUUAAAGCCAUGGUGGAAACAGGCAAUAUGGAACAACUAGCUUCUCUGGUACUAAAUGGUGAGGGAGAAAAACUAGUAGGCCAAUCCAGUGACAACCCCGAACUACAGACUUUUUUGGAGAAUGUCCCUGUUUACAUGGGAGCCACACCUUUACAUGUAGCAGUGAUUUUCGGGAACACCAGCAUUGUAAGAUAUCUCGCUGGAAGAUUUCCAGAAACUAUACAAGCCGUAGAUGAAGAUGGAAGGACACCUUUGCAUUACGCUGCAACUUUGUCAGAUAAUGGACACUACUACAAUCUAUUAGUACAUUUAGGAGCUGAUACUAGAAUAGAGGAUAAGUUUGGUCAUACGGCGGAAUAUUAUAGAUCCCAUCGGGAUGAAUUUUCACAUAGGACUCUUCUGACAGACUUCGGAACUGAACCAAAUACGGUGGAAGAGAUGUUGAACGACAAAGAUCCGAAGGACGUUUACUCAGCCAAAAAACAGCUCGAUGACGAGGACAUGAUCAACGUUCUAGAAAAAUGCUAUAUGGUACUUCACGGCCGACGCAAUUCCAACGCAAUAUCCGCCGCAUCUAAUGUUUCCAACACUUCAAACACCUCGACAUCUUCUCUACUGAGCAAGCACAUGAAACGAUAUAUAUUCGACGAUGUUAAACUGAGACUCACAAAGUACGAUCACCAUUUGUAUGACCUAAUUUGGCCCAGCGUUAAGAAGCUGCCAACCGAGAUGGCCUUUAGAGUUGCAUUGGAACAAGAUUUCCCCGCUGGAAUUGUAGCUCCCGAUUUUUGUGUCUACAAGGUUUUUCACGAGCUUUUGAUCCCCAUUAUCAAAGACUACCAUCAUAUCGAUUUGAGCCCUGAACUACCUUUGCAUCCACCUGUCAAGUUUGUGGAACCCUCAAGUGAUUCGCAAAAGGAGAUUGACCUCGACAUUGAUCCCGCCAACAAAUAUAUAAUAACAGGUACACUAGACUGCACAAGAAAUUUAGCCGAUUUCGAGCUACCGAAGUCAAUAAACAUUGGUCAACUGGAACAAAUCGAACGAGCCAUCACAGGUGUACUUUUGAGUGAAGACGUUGCUAAAGCUCUGUACCCUAAUGCAACCGAAGAUGAAUUGGCUGAAGGAACUGGAGUUUACUACACAAUGAAUGAGGUGCUUGAAGACCCUUCGGAGGCUAGAGUAAUUUUGGCAACCAACGGACUGUUGAUUCCUCUUUGGAAUAUCCCGGACAGUGACAGAUUGCACGGCAAAUUCUGGCCAUACGGCAGAGGUGUUUUUAUUAGCAACGGCGCCAAUUUGGCGGUUUGGGUUAAUGUUAUGGACCACAUUAGAAUUGUAACCUGUACGUCACAUUUGAAACCUGGAAACAUUGGCCAGAUCUACUCGAGAAUGAGCAGAUUGAUGGCGGUACUUAAUGAAAAUCUAAAGUUUAAAUGCGAUGAUAAACUUGGUUAUCUAUCUGCCAGACCUACAGUUUUGGGUAACACGUUACAAUUCAAUUUGACUAUGAGAUUUCCACACUUAAUAAAAGAACCGGAUAAUCUUAGACAUUUGUGCCUUACUAGAGGAUUAGGUUACCAAAGAAGUACCAGCACUACUGACAUUGUUAAGGUGAAUAAUCAGCAGUGUUUGGGAAUAACGGAGUUACAAACGUUUGAGGAUUUCACCACGGCAGUUAUGAAUAUUUUGCAGUUAGAAAAGGAUUUGGCCAUGUCGAACUCCUUACACAUUGCUGCGAUGUUCGUAAACAUUUUCAAAAGGAAACGUACGCUGGUUGAAGGGGACUAAACCAAUGACCAAUUAGUUGUAGGUCGCACUGUACAUAAAACAAAUUUAGUAAUUAUUAGUAUAAGUACUUGUACAUAGUGCCAAAGUUUCACUUUGUUUUUUACCUUUUUGUAUAUAAGUCACUC